CACAUCUCGUAUCAUAGUUAUUCGCGCUACCUGCCUAUCCCAUCGCUAUCAAUUGGAAUGCCUCAAAUCCUCAAAAUCGCUUCCGCGCAAUCGCGCACCCUCUCCACAACGGCCGAAACCAUCGACGCGCUCGAAGCUACCACCAAACGCGCCGCCACCCAGGGGAUUGAUGUACUUUUGUUCCCCGAAGCAUACCUGGGCGGAUAUCCUCGUACUUGUACUUUUGGCGCAGCGGUUGGCGCACGCGCUCCCGAAGGCCGCGAACAGUACUUGCACUAUUUCAAGGAUGCUGUCGAUCUGGGCGAUACACCGAGCGGCGCUGGGCAAGAUUGGGUAGACAAGAAGCUGGGAUUACCCAAGGGUAGAGAUUAUAGGGGCGAUGGGACAAGAGAAGAGCUGGAAAGAAUUGCGAGAGAGACGGGUGUCUUUAUCAUUACCGGCUUGGUGGAGAAGUCUGGUGGGACAUUGUAUUGCGGAGUCGUCUUUGUAGACCCUAAAAUGGGCUGCCUGGGCAAGAGACGCAAGGUCAUGCCUACCGGUAGCGAAAGGCUGAUUUGGGGAAUGGGGAGUGCGAGCACUCUGAGGGCUGUCACAACGGAGAUCAAGGGGGUGAAGCUAUGCAUGGGGUCGGCCAUUUGCUGGGAGAACUACAUGCCCCUACUGCGGCAGAGCCUGUACAGCCAGAACGUUAACCUAUGGUUCGCGCCAACAGCAGACGCGCGUGAUACCUGGGCCGCUCUGAUGCGGACGGUGGGGUGCGAGGGCCGCUGCUUCGUUCUGAGUUCCAAUCAAUGUGUUAAGAGGAGACAUCUUCCUCCCUGGAUAUCGGAAGGAAAGAAAGAGGACCAGACAGAGUCACACAGCAAUGGAGACGAGAGUGGUGUCGGAAGAAGAAUGUCACAACCACGCACUGGGGCUGCAAGACGACGGAGCACCAUUACGAAGACGCCGGAAGGCCAUGAGAUAUGUUUGCCACUUCCCAUAGGUGAAGCACCCGUGACAGACGACAAUUCUUCAGCCAUCGACUCAACACCGCAUUUUGCGACCGAAGAUGCAGCCAGUCUCAAGCAGCAACCUUGUACACAAAGAAAAUCAUCAUAUGGAUAUCGCGAAGACUUUGUGUCUCGUGGCGGCUCAAUGAUUGUCUCACCCCUUGGAGAAGUCAUCGCCGGUCCGCUAUGGGAAGAAGAGGAUGAGCUGCUGGUGGCGGAAGUUGACUUUGAAGACUGUGAGCGCGGAAGGCUCGACUUUGACUCUGCGGGAAGCUACUCGCGCAUGGACAGCUUCAAGCUGAUUGUGGAAGGUCUUGAUCUUAGCCCACCCCCGCUUUGAGCAUCCUGAAACUCGGCAUCAGAAAUAUGUAUAUUAGACGUUUGUCAUACACAAACAUUGUAUGAGAUAGUGGGCAUAGCCUCAGGUUGUAAUUGUUCUUUGUCCAG